CCUAUUUUUCACAACAAUUCACAUAUUUUUCAUUGGAUGAAAACGGUUUCCUCGAAGACCAACCAAAAUUUGCCACGUAAGUUGAGACCCAGUUUUAUGGGCAUUCAAUGACGUGGCCAGCCGGAGCCACGCGACUCCCGGAGCCGCACCGUGCCCCGACAACUGGGAUGCUCCUCCUCCUCCUCCCUUUCUUCACUAACGCUGUAACCAGUAAGCAUACCUUGCUGCAAGUCCUCCCUCAUCUUCCCUCCCAUUUCUAGGGUUUCGCAGAGGGCGUACCAGAGCAUGUGAGCGCUCUCUCAUGUCCGCGCAAAUGAGAACUCUACACCUCCUUCUCCUCCUCCUGGUCGCCCACCUCGCCUCCGUCUCCUCCUGGAAGAAGGACGAGUUCAGGAACUGCAACCAGACCCCUUUCUGCAAGCGAGCUCGCGCCCGCAGCCCCGGCUCCUGCUCCCUUACAGUCGCCGACGUCUCCAUCACUGACGGCGACCUCACCGCCAAGCUCCUCCCGGGGUCCGGCGGCUCGCAUAAGCUCGAUCAGGAAAAUCAAGAGGAGAAGGUCGAAGAUCAUGAUCCGAUCAAGCCCUUGAUCCUCGUUCUCUCCGUUUAUCAGGAUGGGGUAUUGCGCCUCAAGAUCGAUGAGGACCCCAGCCUCAACCCACCGAAGAAGCGGUUCGAGGUUCCCGAGGUGGUCGUGCCGGAAUUUUACGGGAAGAAGCUGUGGCUUCAGAGGUUUUCAACGGUCGCGGUAGAUGGUGAUUCUAGUCCUUCUUCGGUUGUGUAUUUGUCGUACGGUUACGAGGCGGUGGUUCGGCAUGACCCGUUCGAGGUCUACGUGCGCGAGAAGAAUGGCGAUCGCGUUGUUUCCUUGAAUUCGCAUGGACUGUUUGAUUUUGAGCAGCUGAGGGUGAAGAAGGACGGGGAGGAGUGGGAGGAGAGGUUUCGGGGGCAUACGGAUACUAGGCCGUACGGUCCGCAGUCUAUUAGCUUCGAUGUGUCUUUCUAUGGGGCUGACUUUGUUUAUGGUAUCCCUGAGCAUGCCACUAGUCUUGCUUUGAAACCCACAAGAGGGCCUGGAGUUGAAGAUUCAGAACCUUAUCGACUGUUUAAUUUGGAUGUGUUUGAGUAUCUCCACGAUUCCCCAUUUGGGAUUUACGGGUCCAUACCGUUCAUGCUUUCGCACGGUAAAGUCCGGGGUACGUCUGGGUUUUUUUGGUUGAAUGCAGCUGAGAUGCAGAUUGAUGUAUUGGGGUCUGGUUGGGAUGCUGAAUCGGGGAUCUCACUGCCUUCUUCACGGAAAAGGAUCGAUACAUUGUGGAUGAGUGAGGCUGGUGUUGUUGAUACAUUCUUCUUUGUAGGUCCGGGGCCUAAGGAUGUUGUUCGGCAAUAUGUAAGCGUGACUGGUACGCCAGCAAUGCCGCAGCUAUUUGCCACAGCUUAUCAUCAGUGUAGGUGGAAUUAUAGGGAUGAAGAAGAUGUUGAGCAUGUGGAUUCCAAGUUUGAUGAAUACGAUAUUCCAUACGAUGUAUUGUGGCUUGAUAUUGAGCAUACGGAUGGAAAGAAAUAUUUUACAUGGGAUAGUGUGCUUUUUCCUAACCCUGAGGAGAUGCAGAGGAAGCUGGCGGCAAAGGGCAGGCACAUGGUUACUAUUGUGGAUCCUCAUAUCAAGCGGGAUGAAUCCUACCACAUACACAAGGAGGCUGCUAAGAAUGGAUAUUAUGUCAAGGAUGCAACUGGCAAUGAUUUUGAUGGGUGGUGCUGGUCUGGUUCCUCCUCAUACCCAGACAUGUUAAACCCGGAUAUCAGGUCAUGGUGGGCUGAGAAAUUCUCAUUCGAGAAUUAUGCUGGAUCAACUCCUUCAUUGUACAUCUGGAAUGAUAUGAAUGAACCUUCUGUCUUCAAUGGUCCUGAGGUGACGAUGCCAAGAGAUGCCUUACAUUAUGAAGGUGUAGAACACCGAGAGGUACAUAAUGCCUAUGGGUACUACUUCCACAUGGCUACAUCUAAUGGGCUUCUGAAGCGAGGAGAUGGGAAGGACCGGCCUUUUGUUUUGUCAAGGGCAAUCUUUCCUGGUACUCAGAGGUAUGGAGCAGUUUGGACAGGUGAUAACACAGCUGAUUGGGAUCAUCUAAGGGUUUCUGUUCCUAUGAUUUUGACACUAGGUCUAACUGGAAUCACAUUCUCUGGUGUGGAUGUUGGUGGAUUUUUUGGAAACCCUGAGCCUGAGUUGUUAGUUCGCUGGUAUCAAUUAGCUGCCUACUAUCCUUUCUUUAGGGCCCAUGCUCAUCAUGAUACCAAAAGGCGGGAACCUUGGCUACUUGGGGAGCGGAAGACUGAACUUAUAAGGAAUGCCAUACAUAUUCGUUAUGCUUUGCUUCCACAUUUUUACACUUUAUUCAGAAUAGCAAACACAAGUGGUGUUCCAGUGGCACGUCCACUGUGGAUGGAGUACCCUUAUGAUGAAACUACUUUUGGCAAUGAUGAGGCUUUCAUGGUUGGAAAUAGCCUUUUGGUGCAAGGGAUCUAUACUGAGCAUGCGAAACAUGCUUCAGUGUAUUUGCCUGGUGAAGAAUCCUGGUAUGACUUGAGAACUGGAGCUGCAUAUAGGGGAGGUAUGACCCAUGAGUUGGAUGUUUCUGAAGAGGCCAUUCCUAGUUUCCAAAGAGGUGGAACUAUCAUUGCAAGGAAAGACCGGUUUCGCCGAAGCUCUACACAGAUGCUGGACGAUCCUUACACUCUGGUGAUAGCUCUUAACGGUUCCCAAGUCGCUGAAGGUGAAUUGUAUGUUGAUGAUGGGAAAAGUUUUGAAUUCGGGCAAGGGGCCUACAUUCAUCGUCGCUUUGUGUUUUCAAAUGGCAUUCUUACAUCCUCAAACGUGGCAGCAACCACAUCUGGGAAACCUCAAUUUUCCACAGAUUGUGUGAUCGAGAGGAUUAUACUGCUAGGACACUCUAAUAGGGCAAAAAACGCCCUCAUUGAGCCAUCGAAUCAGAAGGUUGAAAUUGCAUGGGGGCCAUUCUGGCUUAUAAGCGGGAACACUGCAGCUGUUCCCACCAUCCGCAAGCCUAAUGUUCGAAUUGCAGAUGACUGGACGAUAAAAAUUUUGUAAGAACCACUCGAAUUUUCCAUGAUUUCUGUUCAAUGUAUACGAUUAGAGAACUCUUGAGAAUCAGAAAAUCAGAGUCAUGCCCAGUGGAACUAAAAUGCCAAUGGGAGUCUUAUUGAAUAAGAUUGAGCAUGCCUGAAGUCAGUUUAGUUC